AUGCUCCUGAAGUUCUCCCUCCUUGGCCUCUUCGCCACCUCUGUUCUCGCGGACGGCGCCGCCAUCGUGGCCGCAAUGGACGAAAUCGCGGCACAGAACACGGAGCUGGGCGACACCAUCGCCUCUUGGAAUGGCGGGCUCUUUGGCACGCUGCCCAUCAUUGUCGACUCGACCAAGCUGCUCAUAAAAAUCAACAACGCCACUGGCGUCGCCGAGGAUUCAGCCCAGCUCAACGCCCUCGAAGCCAUCACCGUCGCGCAGUCGACGCAGACGCUUGCCGGCGGCGUCGAGACCACACUUGGCAAUGUCGUCGACGCGAAGCUAAAGUUCGACAGGCUCUUGCUAAGCCCCAUCAUCUUGUUGAACCUCAAGCAGGAGAAGAGCGCGACGGACAAGUUCAGCGCGGCGGUUGUUGAGAAGGUCCCCGAGGCAUUGAAGGGUGCAGCUGAGACUUUGGUUGGGAGGAUUGAUACGGCAUUCAAUAAUGCUAUUGCUACUUACAGCUGA